CUUAGUGACACCACUUGCUCUGUAGCAAAUUUCACAGCAUAAAUACACUUCAUACAAGUUUGGCAUUGGAUGUAAACUCUGACAAUAGAGGAAUGGAUGCCCCCAAGGAUGAUCAAAAUGUUGUAACCAUAGAUGUCCAUGCUGCUAAAAAUCUGCUAAAUUCAUCAGAUUAUCGUUAUCUGGAUGUGAGGUCAGUUGAGGAAUUCAAUAAAAGCCAUGUUGAGAAUGCUUAUAAUGUCCCCUACAUGUUCAUCACAGAAGCAGGACGGGUGAAAAAUCCAGAAUUUGUUGAGCAGGUGGCAGCAAUAUGCAAGAAUGAGGAUCAUUUAAUUGUGGCUUGCAAUAGUGGAGGAAGAUCACUCCGAGCCAGCGUUGAUUUACUUGAUUCGGGAUUUAAACAUGUUGUGAAUAUGGGAGGAGGCUACUCUGCAUGGGUUGAUGCUGGAUUUGCUGGGGACAAGCCACCAGAAGAGCUCAAAACUAGUUGUAAGAUUCGUCGUUAAAGAGUUCUAUUAUCCCAAUGUUUUUAUGAUUUAAAUAAGGAAACUUUGAAACCAUUUGUAACUUUCUCUGUGUGAUAACACGUACUUUCAGUUUCUUUCAUUAUUUUUACUUUGCCAGAAAAGUGUACAUGUUUUCGAUUAAAGAUGUGGAUCAAACAUUAUUGUUACUCAG